AGCACGGCCACACUAAUCCCGACACGUGCAGAAAUUGUUAUUUUUUUGCCGUGCAUUGUUUUUCAUGUGAAAAGUACCACGGAAAAUGGCCGAAACGAGCGAAAAGAUCAAGUUCCUGGUGGCGGACACCACAGCCUUCAUAAACGCAGUGCCCCUGAACGAAUAUGCGGAGCAGGUGCUCACCGUACCGGAUGUGGUGGCCGAGGUGCGCAACAAGCGCCAGAUUCGUCGUCUCUGCGUCCUGCCCUUCGACCUCCAGGUGCGCGAGCCUCGUCCGGAGAGCAUUAAACACUGCGUGGAGUUCGCCAAGAAAACCGGAGACUAUGCGAGUCUGUCGGGGAUUGAUCUGAAAGUGAUCUCGCUCACCUACGAACUGGAAGCGGAUAACGUGGGCACUGAUCACCUGCGCCAGGAGCCCGUGAUGGCACAGACCAUUGCAUCCAAGGAGAAGCCCGAGGAGAUGCAGGAUGCCAAUAACAAGAGACUGGUCGGGUGGUACAUGCCCGAGGGCGAAGAGGAGGAGGAGGACGAGGAUUCAGAGGAGGAAGAAGAGGACUCUCAGGAGGAGGAUGCUGCCGAGGAUGAGCAGGAAGGCGAUGAAUCCCAAGACACUGUUAAAGCCGCCAUUGAAGCCCAGUUGGCUGGCAAGGAACCAUUUUCCAGCGACUCCAUCCAAACGGAGGAGGAACCAGACCAGGAGCCCAGUCAGGAGGAGCUGGACAAGCUGUUCGAGCAGCUCAAAUGCGCACCCAGUGCCGAGGAAGAGCAAGAGCUGUCCGAACUGCUGGUCUCCCAGCCGGCCGAAGUAGAUGAGGAGGUAUCCGAGCCACAGGAAGCACAACAGAGCCAAAAUCUCGACGACGAUGUGGGUGACGAUGGCUGGAUCACGCACUCAAACAUCAAGAAGGCCAAGAAAGCGCUCGAGGGCAAGGUGGAAACGGACGAAGUGCCGCCCGUGGCCUGCAUGACCACCGAUUAUGCCCUGCAGAACGUGCUCAAGCAGCUCAAUCUCCACCUGGCCGCCCUCAACGGCCGCAUCAUCAAACAGCUGCGCACGUAUAUACUGCGAUGCUAUGCCUGCUACAGGACCACCAGCAUCAUGACCAAGGUGUUCUGCCCCAAUUGUGGCAACAAGACACUGAAACGCGUUGCCGUCAGCCUGGACGAGAACGGUCGCCAGGUGAUUCACAUCAAUACGCGCCGGCCGCUGACCAACAAGUACAAGAACCAGAGUCUGCCGCGUUUCCACGGCGGCAAGCACUCAAGGAAUCCCAUCCUGUUCGAGGAUCAGCCCAUGCCCAGGCAGAUGCCGUCGCGCGUGGCCAAGACCAAGACGAACGCUUUGGAUCAGGAUUACACGGCCGGAUUCUCGCCCUUCGUGCUGCGCGACGUGGACUCCAAGUCCGCCAUGCUGCGCUCCAAGGGCAACCUCAAGGAGUGGGCCAGGAACAACAAUUUCGAGGAGGAUCGCCGGCGCAAGAACUACAAUCGCUUGUACAAAUAGAUAGAUAGAUCCGGGUAACAGGGAGCUAGUAGUUUAUUAGCUUUCCAAUCGUAGUCUUUAUAUAAUAUGUAAUAUAUCAAAUAAAACACAAGGGAGAACUUGAAACUUUGUAAAACCCAA